GUGAUAAGAAAUGAAUCAAAGCAACUAAAAAGAGUGAAUCUAGUUCUCCACCAAUUAAGAACACAGCUCAAAAUAUGAAAGGGAACAAAUUGGCAAAAAUUCCCCUCAAACAUCAUUGUCUAUUUUAAGGUCCUAAGAAAACCGGCUACUCUAAAAAAAUAAUUGCAACAGCACAAAAAUGGAAAGAAUGAAUUGCACAAGUUGUGGGGUGCUACUAUCAGUGCCACCUGGUGCCACGAUCGCACGUUGUCCUAAGUGCUAUGCUACCAUUGUCUGCCCCAAAAACAAUGGCUACAUUGUCCCAGCAGCAAACCAGUACAAUGGUUAUACCCAAAAUUAUCCUAAUUAUUAUUCCACAGGUUAUUACCAACCACCACCACAAUCAUCACCUCAGCCUUUACAGCUUCCAGUGUAUGGAACGAAAAAGGCACUGUUAAUCGGAAUAAGCUACCACGGUCAUCAAAAAAAUGUACAGGGUAGUGUUCGCGAUGUAAGGUCUAUGACUAACUUGCUGGUUAAUAGGUUGGGUUUCCCAAGUCAAUCUGUCUUAGUCCUCACAGAAGAAGAGAUGAACCCAUACCGGAUGCCUACUAAACAGAACAUCCGUAAUGCGUUGUCUUGGCUCAUCCAGGGUUGCCAAUCAGGGAGCUCGUUGGUGUUUUACUACACGGGUCAUAGCUCACAAGUGCCUGAUAAUAAUGGGGAUGAGUUAGAUGGGUAUGAUGAAUCACUAUGCCCCGUCGAUUAUCUGACUGAGGGAAACAUACUGGAUGAUGAGAUCAAUGCCACCAUUGUAAGGCCACUACCUCGUGGAGCCAAACUCCAUGCCGUCAUUGAUACUUGCAAAAGCGGAACCUUUUUAGAUCUACCAUUCAUGUGCAGGAUGAACCAGCAAGGAUACUAUGCAUGGGAUGACCAGCGUUCAGCUGUUUAUAAAGGUACACGUGGUGGGACAGCGAUCUGUUUUAGUGCUUGUGAUGAUCAUCAAAUCUCCUUAGAUAUUAAGGUUGCCACAGGCAACACUACAGGUGGUUGCAUGACUAAUAGCUUCAUCCAAGCUAUGGAAAAUGAAUAUGGAUUGACAUAUGCCUGUUUACUUCAUUCUAUUCGCACUAAAAUUUGGGAAUCUCAGAAACAUCUAUACCCACCGCCUCCUACAUCACAGGUGCCUCCUCAACUCUCCUCUUCUGAGAAGUUCGACAUUCACUCAAACAUAAUUACGAUAUAGAGCAUAUACUACUAUUGCCAAGUUCUAGCCAAAUUAGUUAACUGCAAUCAGAGUAAUAAAUGUAAUUGGCUAAAAUCUUGUUAUCCCUUUAAAAUAGUGGUUCCUUCUUUUACUCCAAUGAAACUAUGAGCAACAGAAUUUUAAUUCAAUAAAAGUCAUCACCAUCUGCUAAAGAACUAAAUAAACUAAACUUCCUAGUGAAAGUUAGCACAUGGAAG